UACAUCCAGGUGCCAAAAUAACAGUGUAAUUCAUAUUGUAUAUAUAACAGAAAAAGCAUAUCGUUUUACUAUAUUUAAAAUGGAGUUAAAAAUUAAAGACAAAGAAUUAAAAUUACAGAUAAAGAAUUUUAAAGAUGAAAUAACGAAGGAAGCAGAACAUCUAAUAAACGAUUUUUUUCCACGAAAAUGCAUUGAGUUGAAUGAGUAUUUAAAAGCUGACCACAUGCAGCUUUCCCAUUCUUCUUCAGUCAUUGUCCCAAUAAACCUACCAAUUCCGGACCCUGUUCUUGUAAAAAAUAAUGACAGCGGUGACGCAACACCAGCGAAAAAACGCAGAGUCGUUACGGAAGAAAGAAACCAUGCCGAGUCAAUUUCUCAAAAUAUUCCAGGUAAUUUUUAA